AUGAGUCAUGACACUGUUGAAUUGGAUGGAGUGUUCUCAACAACUUUGAACAACAUUAAACUAUCAGAGGUUGAGGUUCUAGUUUUAAACUUCAGCACAGACAUCUAUGCUUUACCUAAAUUUGUGGCGAAAAUGGAAAACUUGAAGGUUCUAAUAGUUACAAAUCAUGGUUCCGUACCAGCCAAAUUUAGUAAUUUUCAACUACUGGAUUCUUUACCAAAUCUGAAGAUAAUCAGACUAGAGCGAAUUUCAAUUCCUUCCAUAGCCAAGAAUCCUGUAAACGUGAAGAGUCUAAAGAAGAUAUCCUUAUUCAUGUGUAGCAUUGGUCAAGUUUUCAGCAACUCUUCCUUCCGAAUUUCGUAUGCAUUUCCAAAUCUAGAGGAAUUGAACAUUGACUAUUGCAGUGACUUGGUGGAAUUGUCUGUUGAUCUCUGUGAUCUGAUUGAGCUAAGGAAGCUCAGUAUCACCCACUGUCAUAACCUAUCUGCCUUGCCUGAUGAGAUUGGGAAGCUGAUCAAAUUGGAAGUCUUGAGGCUAAAGUCUUGUACUGACUUAAAAACAUUUCCGGCCUCAAUUACGGACCUUGAAAAGUUAAACUUUCUCGACAUAUCUGAUUGUUUCAGCAUUAAGGAGUUGCCUGACAACAUUGGUCAAAUAAGCACUUUAGAAAAGAUCAAUAUGAGACAGUGCUCUAGAGUGCAAGAUCUACCUCUAUCAGUUAUGGAUCUUAAGAAACUGAAGGAGGUGAUAUGUGAUGAGGAGAAAGAAGAAUCAUAG